UUCUCGCUUUCCAGCCCAAGGGCGGUAUCCUUAGCUCACGUUUACACUCUACGGCUCGCCGGCGGCGGUGGUGCAGAUCCCCCUUGCCGGGCGCUUGGAUAAUAAGAUCCCUGCGCAGUUAUCUCGUCCCGCCGAACCAACUGUUCGGCCUCCAGGGUUUCAAAGAUAACUAUGAAGAUAGCCGUGGAGGGUUGCUUGCAUGGAGAACUUGACAAGGUUUAUGCUACGAUUAAGCGCUUGGAAGAAGCAGAGAAUACGAAGAUAGACCUACUAUUAUGCUGCGGGGACUUUCAGGCUGUUAGAAAUGAAGAAGAUCUAAAAAGCCUAAAUGUGCCCCCAAAGUAUCGCCAUAUGAAUUCCUUUUGGAAGUACUAUUCUGGACAAGUGACAGCUCCAUAUCCAACUAUUUUCAUUGGUGGGAAUCAUGAGGCCUCUAAUUAUUUGUGGGAAUUGUACUAUGGAGGAUGGGCAGCACCCAAUAUAUAUUUCCUGGGGUUUGCUGGAGUAAUCAAAUAUGGUAACAUCCGUAUUGGUGGACUUUCUGGUAUUUACAAAUCCAAGGAUUACCAUUUAGGUCAUUAUGAGAGGCCUCCCUAUGAUGACAACAGUAUUCGAUCUGUAUACCACGUACGGCAGUAUGAUGUACUGAGGCUGAUGCAGAUUAAAGAACCGAUAGAUAUUUUCCUGUCACAUGAUUGGCCUCUUGGGAUCACUGAGUAUGGAAACUGGGAAAAGCUUGUUCAACAGAAGCCUUUUUUCAAAGAUGAGGUGAGGCUGAGAACCCUCGGAAGUAAACCAGCAGCAGAGCUGCUGGAUAAACUGAAGCCACCUUAUUGGUUUUCAGCUCAUCUUCAUUGUAGAUUUCCAGCCAUUAUCCAGCACGGAGAAAAUGGGCCUAUCACCAAGUUUCUUGCACUUGAUAAGUGCCUUCCUGGGCGUAGAUUCCUGCAGAUUUUUGAAAUAAAAUCAGAUCCUGGACCUCCUGAGAUUCAAUAUGAUGAGGAGUGGCUUGCUAUAACCCGAAAAUUUAACAGAUUUUUCCCUUUGUCUCGGGAGUACUUUCAUCUUAGGAGUGAUCAUUUUGAAAGUCAGGAUUUUCGAAAUUGGGUGAGGAGUCAAUUGAAUGCUAGAGGGGCUAAACCUUUUGAGUUCCUAAAAACAAUGCCUUCAUUUGAUCCUAAUAAGCCGUCCUCCGCUUUGCCAUCUGGUCAUUGCAGAAAUCCACAAACAGUAUCGUUUUUGAAGCUUUUAGAGCUCCCUUAUCUUCUUGAUAUCAAAGAUGAAACCAGCACACCGAAAAAGAUAACAGAAUUUUCCAGUCCCUUAGGUAUUCACAGUCAGAAAAACUUAGAUGUUGAAGAAGGGGAAGAUGAUGUUCAUGGAGAUGAUGUGGAUGAACUUGAAGAGCUUGCCGCAUGUGGUAAUGAUGAAUUUUAGUGUUCAAUUUCUAUACAGCAGCGUGUGUUUCCUUGCAAAACUAUGAUCUUUUAACUGGAUUGGGAAGUUUUUAUUUGUAAAACAAUUAACA